AGCUUCCGGCAGCUAGCGCCUCCACCUGCCAGGGUUCGCCCCUUCCCCUGUUCUCUUUGGGUCGCUCGGAGGCCAGUUUUAAAAAAAAUGGAACCUCGUUCCUGUGACACUUUCGUGGCAUUACCUCCAGCAACAGUUAAAAAUAGGAUUAUUUUUGGAAAAAAUUCAGACAGACUCUGUGAUGAAGUACAAGAGGUAGUUUAUUUUCCUGCUGCAGUUCACGAUAACUUGAGAGGACAUCUUAAGUGUACUUACAUAGAAAUUGAUCAAGUUCGUGAAACAUAUGCUGUUGUUCUCAGUCGCCCAGCUUGGUUAUGGGGAGCAGAAAUGGGAGCCAAUGAGCAUGGAGUUUGCAUUGGGAAUGAAGCUGUUUGGGGAAGAGAAGAAGUUUGUGACAAAGAGGCACUACUGGGCAUGGACCUUGUCAGAUUGGGCCUUGAAAGAGCUGAUACAGCUGAAAAAGCCCUUGAUGUCAUUGUUGAUUUAUUAGAAAAAUAUGGCCAGGGUGGAAAUUGUUCAGAGGGUGGUAUGGCAUUUAGCUACCACAACAGUUUCCUGAUAGCUGAUAGAAAUGAAGCCUGGAUUCUGGAGACUGCAGGAAAGUACUGGGCGGCAGAAAAAGUACACGAGGGAGUUCGUAAUAUUUCUAAUCAGCUUUCUAUAACGACCAAGAUUGAUCGGGAACAUCCAGACAUGAGAAACUAUGCUAAGCAGAAAGGUUGGUGGGAUGGUAAAAAGGAGUUUGAUUUUGCAGCAACAUAUUCUUAUAUUGACACAACCAAGAUGACGGUCUCACCAGGCAGAUACUGUGAAGGCUACAAACUUCUGAAUAAACACAAAGGAAACAUAACUUUUGAAACAAUGAUGGAAAUUCUUCGAGAUAAACCAAGUGGCAUUAAUAUGGAGGGAGAAUUCCUGACUACUGCAAGCAUGGUUUCUAUUUUACCUCAAGACUCCAACCUUCCCUGUAUUCACUUCUUUACUGGGACUCCUGAUCCUGAGAGAUCUGUUUUUAAGCCUUUCAUAUUUGUGCCGAAUAUUUCACAACUAUUGGACACCAGUUCACCUACAUUUGAACUUGAAGAUCCAGUUAAAAAGAAGCCACAUUUUAAGAUUAAGCCUGACCGAAGACACCCACUCUACCAAGAGCAUCAACAAGCAUUGGAAAUAAUAGAUAAUAAGGAGGAAAGAGCCAAAACAAUGUUGGACAACAUGAAGAAACUGGAGAAAGAACUAUUCAAAGAGAUGGAAUCAAUCCUUCAAAACAAACAUCUUGAUGUGGAUAAAAUUGUUAAUCUUUUUCCUCAGUGUGCAAAAAAUGAAAUUCGGAUUUAUAAGUCAAAUAAUAGUUCUUAAUGAUCAUAUAAAUGGUCAGUAAUCUCCCUCAAAGUCAGAAAUAAUUACCUUGGGAAAUGAUAUAAACCUAGUGCAAGCAGAUAUGAUUAUUCUUUAAUAGCAUUCAAGUGAUAGCUUGACUAUUAAAGCUGCAUAUAAUUGCUGAAAUAUCGAGAACUAAAAUAACAUUGAAAUUAGGCACAUAUAUCAUGGGAUAGCAAUUGUUAUACCAGGUGCUGACCUGUGUCAUAUUUUUUGUAGCCACAGUAACUUUUUACAAAUCACACAUAUUCAAUUCUGCGUAAAGCAUGAAACAUUAAAAUAAUACAUGGGCCUGGCUUUUGUGGC